AUUAAAUGUACUCUACCUUACGAGUAAGAUUUUUGAACGCACACCAGAUUUAGGGUUAGGUUAGGUUAGGUUAGGUUACUUUCGCGGGGAGAAUGAGCACUUGUGUCUACUGACAGCACCUAGUAUGACCCAACAUACGAUGUGUCAAAUUGACAUACGUUCGCUAACAUGCUUCUUCGUAUUUGUUUAACGACAUACUGAUUCUCGCACGUCUCGAUUGACCAUGGAUUACUACCCAGAAAAUUAUAACAACAUAUCUGGACAUGAUACUCCGUCCCGAGAUACAUGCAUUCCGUUUCCUCGAAACAAUAGAACAAUAAUCACAGAUGUGUACGCAGGAAUACCUGAGAACUUGUUGUUGAAUAUAAUAGGAUUUGUCCUUUUAGUUACUUUAUUUGGCUUAUUACGUAAAAAGGCUUGGAAUUAUGGACGCCUUGCAUUAUUACAUAAGUCUGAUAACAGAUGGAUGGAGCUGUUCUAUGGUGUUAAUGAAAAUAGAGACACUGAUCCUUUGUGUAUAGAAGCAUCUAUCAAUUCUCAACUCUCUCAAUUGGAUAGAGGAUUUUUCUCAUGGAUCGUUACUGCUUUUAAGAUUACCGACAAUGAAUUAUUACAACGUGCAGGCCCUGAUGGGUUAUUGUAUAUUUUGUUUGAGCGUUGCUUAAUCAUAUUAAUCAUUAUGAUGCUUAUUGUAUCGUUGUGUAUAGCUUUGCCCAUAAACUUUCAUGGAACUAUGCAACCAGGAAACAGUACAACAUUUAGUCAUACAACAUUAUCAAAUCUAGAUCCCUCGUCUAAUUGGAUUUGGGUCCACACGAUAUUGCUCUUAUCUUAUUUACCAGUUGGUGGAUUUGUUAUGAGACGUUGUUUGAAGCAGGUACGAGAUACCAGACCUACUGGAGAAUUUGCAGCAAGAACAUUAUUGAUUACAGAUAUACCAAAACAUCAAUGCACUGUUGAAAAUCUUACAGAAUAUUUCAAAGAAGCAUUUCCCACUUUAACAGUGGAGGACAUUACAUUAGCUCACGAUAUACAGCGUCUUUCAAAAUUGGAUGCAGAAAGAGAUUGCGUGGAACAGGCGCGCUUAUAUUGCGAGAGUUAUGCUAAGAAGAGAGAACCUUUGAAAAUGUAUCCUUAUCCAUGUGGUCAAGUUCUUGGAACUUGCUGCAAAAAGCAAGUGGAUGCUCAAGAAUUUUACACUAAUGAAGAAAUACGAUUAACAGCAUUGGUCGAAGAAGAGAAGAAGGUAGCACUUAGUAAACCUCUUGGAGUAGCUUUUAUAACUUUAGGAACACCCGGUGCAACUAAAACUAUGCGCAAACAGUUGAGGUCCUCGCCGAAUAUAAAAUGGAUCGUAGAUUAUGCUCCGAUGCCAUCAGAUAUAUUUUGGGAAAAUCUAAGUAUCCCCAGGCCGUGCUGGUAUCUAAAUGCUGUAUUAAUAAAUUUCGCUUUGGGGUUAAUAUUGUUUUUCCUUACUACACCAGCUGUCAUAGUAACAAGUCUCAAUAAAUUACCGAUUACCGGAGAGAUUAUGAAUUUGAGCACAGUGGUUUCAUCCUUUCUGCCUACUGUACUCUUAAUCAGUGUAGCUGCCUUAAUGCCUGCAUUAGUUGCGAGGUGCGAAUCACUCGUAAGACAUUGGACUAGGAGCAGUUUAAAUCGUACCAUUAUGAGAAAAACAUUGUUACUCUUGCUACUGAUGGUGCUUAUAUUACCUAGUCUAGGAUUAACCAGCGCGGAAGCGUUCCUAGAAUGGACUUUAAAGGAGCGAAAUAACACGGCAAAAUGGGAAUGUGUAUUUUUGCCAGAUCAGGGAGCACUUUUUGUAAAUUAUGUUAUAACCGCCGCCUUGAUCGGGAGUGGAUUAGAAUUGGUUAGAUUUCCGGAACUCGCGCUAUAUACCUUCAGACUCUGUACAGCUCGCAGUCGAGCGGAAAGGAUACAUGUUAGAAAAGCAGUUCUAUGGGAGUUUCCACUGGGAGCUCAUUACGCAUGGUUACUCUUGGUCUUUACUAUGACAACUGUCUAUAGCCUGGCGUGUCCGUUAAUCACUCCCUUUGGUCUACUCUAUCUUGUAGUUAAACACUUGGUGGACAGGCAUAAUUUAUGCUUUGCUUAUGGACCAAGCAUUGGUGGUGGCCAACUGGCUGGAGCGGCAGUUGGUGCUGCAGGAGCUGCGCCAGUUUUAGCGCAAGCUGCUCUUUUGGCCUUAGGUCUGGUGCGAAGAGGUCUGUCCCCAUUAGCCGCAGUGCAACUCAGCGGUCUCUGUGCGACCAUUUUGGGCCUGGUAACUGGUGCUGCGUUGCCGUUAUCGAAACCUAAGACACAAGUACCGAAAAGGGAUCUUUCGACGGGUCAAAAUUUCGUCGCACCAGUAUUACGAAAGAAUAUGACAUCUUUGGAAGAAACUAUAUCGACUGCUUCGAAUUCAGAAGCGAAUUUACCAAGUCCGAGAAGUACCACUUCCUCUAUACAAGAAAGUCCAAAGCUAUACCAAAACUAUGGUGGUGAGCAAAGGGUUUAAUAUCUGUAUUUGUAUUACAUUUGACACACACGCGCGCACACACACACACACAAACACACGUACAUACACAUAGAUAUACAGAACGCUCCGUAAUUUAAGAAGCUAUACAUAUAUUCUAAUUAUUAAUACAUUAAUAAACUAACUGUGCAAGUUAGAGAAAAACUAUAGCACAAAUAAUGUACAAUCUAACAUUUCUUAUAUAGAACUGUCACAUUAACAGAAAUUAGUAUUAUUUAUUAUAAUUAUACUUUAUUUUGAAAAAUUAAUUAUGAUUAAUUUAGAAAAAUUACAAAAUACUACCUUAGGAUUACUCUCUUUAUCUACUCUUUU